CCACGCCACCUGUGAAGGUCAACCGCGGUGGCCCACAGCUCCGCGCCUCCGCGGACUGCGGUUGGCCGUCGCCAUGACAGCGACUGCUGGGGGCCCUGGAUCUUGGAGUGAAAAUGUACUAGAAUAUUUUCUGAGAAAUAACCUGAUCACAACAGAAGAUGGCGCUGAGAUCGUCUGGUAUCAUGCGGCUAACCAUAAGGCACAACUGAAUGAGGCACUGAAAAGUACUGCUCACAUGAUAGAGGCUGAUGUCCUUCUUCCGAGUGAUGGGUCAGAAUAUAGCCAACCAAUCAUGGCCCAUCCUCCUGAAACAAAUAGUGAUAAUACUUUACAGGAAUGGCUGACUGCAGUUAUAAAAAGCAAUAAAGGCAUCAAGCUGGAUUUCAAGAGUCUGGCAGCUGUAGAACCAUCCAUGAUGCUCCUGGAAAAUGUGAAGAGGCAUCUGAAACGUCCUGUGUGGAUUAAUGCUGAUAUUCUUCCUGGUCCAAAUGGAAAUAGCAGGGUAGUGGAUGCAAAACCUUUUAUAGACACGGUGACAUCCUUCUUUCCAGAUGUGACAUUUUCCCUGGGUUGGACAACAGGAUGGCAUCCUGAGAAAGUCAAUGAAGGUUACAGUUGGACAAUGGUGAAAGAAAUGGAGUAUAUAUGUAAGGAGCUAAAUCAGCCUGUAACAUUUCCUGUCAGAGCAGCAUUAGUCAGGCAGUCUUGUUCUCAGUUACUUUGGCUGUUAAAGAAAUCAAACAGGUACAGCCUGACUAUUUGGACUGGGAAAAAUGAUAACUAUUCCAUUGAAGAUUUGUUUUGCAUUAGAGACCAUUUUGACAAAAAACAAGUUUUCUAUGAUAUCUUGGAACCACAAAACCAUGAAUUUAAACAAGCCAUUGGAGUCAAAGUUAAUCUCUAAGAGGAUUCUUCUAAAUUAUUUCAUGUUUUGGUUUCAUAACCCUCUGCUUUGGUCUGAAUUAAUUACCAUAUAAAUUGUGAUGAUGAUAUGCUCUAAUUCAUCUAAUCAAAAAACACUUAGUGCUUAUUUUAUUAGGCUUAUAUCCUUAUGAUACUGUAUGUAUUUAAAAGAUUUGGAAAGAAAAGAGUUCAGUGGGCCUGGUCUAAUAAUAAUUUAGGACAAUUAUGUUUUAAACCCCUUUAUAAAAUGUAAUUUUGAUAUA